AUGCCAGUCACCAGCAGCUCCGAAACCUUUGCUACCUUCUUCGAUGACUGGCUUAACCAUCAUAGGCAACUCAUCGAACAACUUGCACACUUUGCUGAUGAAGCUAGCACCAGUGUCACUCAAGUAGAAGAAGAAUCUCUUGUCACUAAGUUUCUCUCUCACUGUCUUCAAUACUACCAAGAGAAGUCAUCUGCUAUGUCCGUCGCGGGAGAGGAUCUAUACGAUUUCUUCUCCCCACCAUGGCUCAACUCGUACGAGAAACUUAUUCUUUGGAUAGGAGGUUUCAAGCCAGGUAUGGUUUUUAAACUUAUAACCACUUCUGUUAACGACCUUACAAGCCACCAGAAAGACCAACUUGAGAGCAUCCGGUUAGAGACUCAACGAAGGGAGAGAGCUUUGACGCGAGGGUUCGCGCUUUUACAACAGAGUGUGGGAGAUCCACUUCUGAUGGUUCGAUUCAAGAACAUAGGAGCGUUGAGGCUUGGCGAGAGAGAGCAGCCAGGAAUGAAGGAGGAGGAGGCCAUGGAGGUUUUGAAGAAGGAGAUGACGGAGGUGAUGAAGAACGCUGAUCAGCUUCGGUGUGUUACGGUUGAGAAAGUGGUAGAGGUUCUGAAUCCACGACAGGCGGUAAAGCUGCUGAGAGCCGUGGGAGAGUUUUAUCUCCGGUUGCGAGAUUUAGGUGUGCAGAUAGAAACAUUGCUUUGACAGGACCUAU